AUGAAGGAAGAGGAAGAAGGACCCCCUAAUAGAGAACUGUAUGCACUGCUUCACAUAUCACCGGAGGCUUCCGAUGAGGAAAUCAGAAAAGCUUACAGGCAAUGGGCCCAAGUUUAUCAUCCUGAUAAAUACCAAGCUCCUCAUAUGAAAGAUACUGCUACAGAAAACUUUCAACGGAUAUGCCAAGCAUACGAGAUACUGUCGGAUGAGAAUAAAAGGAAGAUAUAUGACAUUUAUGGUAUGGAAGGGUUGACUUCUGGUUUGGAGCUUGGGACAAAACUGAAUAAAGCAGAAGAGUUGAAGGAAGAACUUGAGAGGUUGCGGAAACUGAAGGAACAAGAGAAGGUCUCAGCACAUUUCCGACCUUCUGGUACAAUAUUGGCCAAUAUGUCUUUGCCACACCUUUUGCAUGGUCAUGGCAUCAUGAGAGGGAUGGCUAUGACAAGUUCAGUCCAGUCUCAGAUAUCAAAGCACAAUACCCUUUCAAUUGGUGGAAAUUUGGCAGUUAAUGGGAAUUCUGGCGGUGGAGCUGCUACUAUAGUUUUUGGGCAUCGGCUUUCUUCAGUUUCUUCAAUAGAAUUCAUAGGUUCUGCUGGUUUACGGUCACUUAUUGGGGUGCAGACAUCUCGUAACAUAUCAUCGCAUUUAACUGCAACAAUGGGACUUUCAAUGUCUUUGAGGGAUGGUUCACUGAAUCUCUCCAAUACCUGGGUGCGACAACUAUCUGAAACUGCAAGUGGUAAUAUACAGCUUGCUUUAGGUUCAGACUCAGCUGUUUCAGUAGGAUGGCGAAAGAAAAACCAGAAAUUGUCUGCUGCUGGGGAGCUGAAGUGUGGCAUAGAUUCCUUUGCGGCAUCAGCUCAUUAUAAUCAUCGGUUUUCGUCAAAGUCUCAUGGUCGUAUUGUGGGGAAAAUUGGAAGCAAUGCCCUUGAGGUUGAAGUUGGUGGGGGGAGAAAGCUAUCAAAUUUCAGCACUGUUCGCAUGUUGUAUUCAAUUGGAAUUCAGGGUAUAUUUUGGAAAUUCGAAUUGCACCGUGGGGGCCAAAAGUUAAUCAUUCCUAUUUUGCUUUCUAGGCAUUUGGAUCCUGUGUUUGCAGCCGGAGCAUUCAUAAUUCCAACAUCAGUUUACUUCGUACUCAAGAAAUUCGUUUUGAAACCUUAUUACCUUAAGAGGGAAAAGCAGAAGGCUUUAGAGAAUAAGGAAAAAACUUCUGCACAGGUUCUGGAGGCAAGAGCAGCAGCAGACAAAGCUCAGAAGUUACUACAGAAUGUAGCGAAUAGGAAAACAAAUAAGCAGCUAGAAAUAGGGGGUCUGGUAAUCACAAAAGCAUUGUAUGGGAAUCUCAAAGCUUUGAAGAAAAGAGACGAACCAGUAGAAUCAAAUGAUUCACCGGUCAUUGAUGUUAAAUUGCCUCUAAAUUUCCUUGUCAGCGAUUCUGGACAACUGCAGCUUCAUGAAGGCGUAAAGAAGUCUGGUAUUAUGGGCUUCUGUGAUCCAUGUCCUGGAGAGCCUAAACAGUUGUACGUGGAAUACACUUAUGGUGACGGGAGAUAUGAGGUUACCGUUGAUGAUUAUGACAAGUUGGUAAUACCUCAGGAAGAGCACAGAAUUUGA